AGAGCGCGGUUGGUCCAGAACGUGGCAGCGGAUGGACACAGGCGAAUGGCCUGGUGGCGGGGACAAGGGGGGAACAAGGGGGGGACAAGGGGGGGGAAGAUAAGUGAAGGGACACCCCACCAGGCCACCCCACCAGGACACCCCACCAGGCCACCCCACCAGGCCACCCCACCAGGCCACCCCACCAGGCCAGGUCACAAGGGGAAGGGAAAGGAGAAUUCAGGUUAUGCUUGA